GACUGAACCAAUAAAAGAUUUUCUCCCCCUCUCCCAAGUCUUGUGCCUCCCUCCUGAGGUUCUUCUGAGAAGCAGAAAAGCUAAAAAAAAAAAAAAGCUUAGCGUACAAAAGAAAAAUGGCGAUUCUCAGAAGCCCGAGCUCCCAGCUUCUCUGCGCCCUCCAUCUUCUUCUGAUCUCAGCGCAGGUCUUCUCCUACCAGUACAAGGUCGGCGACCUGGACGCUUGGGGAAUCCCCGCCGAAUCCGACUCUCAAGUCUACGCCCAGUGGUCCAAGUACCACUCCUUCAAGCUCGGCGAUUCCCUCUUGUUCCUGUACCCGCCCAGCCAGGAUUCGGUGGUCCAGGUGACGCGGCAAGCCUACGACGCCUGCAACGUCACGGAUCCGAUCCUGUACAUGAGCGACGGCAACUCCCUCUUCAACGCAACCUCCCCCGGCGUGUUCUACUUCACCAGCGGCGCCGCCGGCCACUGCGAGAAGAAGCAGAAGCUCCAGAUCUCCGUGCUGUACGCGAACGGAUCGGCCUACUCCCCGUCGGCGUCCGACGGGCCCGGCGCGUUGCCCGACAUCUCCCCCUCCUACCCCACCGUGUUCGGGUCGAUACCGGUGGGAUCAUCCUCGGCGCAUUCGCGGGGUAUCCCGGCGCUUGCAGUGAUGGCGAUCGGACUCAUUGUGUAUGCCACCACCGACGGCGGCAGCUGGUUCAUGUGAGGAGCAGAAAUUUGGAGUUGAGCAUCGUUCAAUCUUUGCCAAGUUCAGCUAUUUACUUGUUCAAGAAAUUCUGCAUGUAGUACGAUUUUUUUUUUUUCUUUUCAACCGUUGUAAUUCUUUGCAGCAGAGCACGAGAGAAUAAAAUUUAAAUCUUA